UGGCUGUGGUGGGCUGGCGGUCUCGGUGGAGCCGCGGCGUGCCCUGCUGCUGCCGGCUCAGCGGGGCUCCCCUCCCCACCCCGCCCCGCUGAGGACGUGGCCGCCGGGCCACCCGCGGGGUUUCGCUGAGGGGAAGAACCCGUGUUCUCAUCGUCUGCCUCGGUGCUUCAGCGGGGGAACCGGCCCGGCCGCGCCCCGCCCCGCAGCCGGCCUCAGUGAGAAUAAAAAUGACCUAAGCAUCAUCCAGCCUUUGUGGCCGGGGCUGCCAGGAGCAUGGCUUUGCCUGGAAGCUUACGGAGGCAGCCUGCAGACAGAGGCCUUGUGUCCCACUGCACCCACCAUCAUAUUGUUGUGUUCCUGCUGACCUUCUUCAGCUACUCCUUGCUCCAUGCUUCCAGAAAGACAUUCAGUAAUGUCAAAGUCAGCAUUUCCAGCCAGUGGACUCCCUCCUGCCUGAACACCACAGCCCCUGAGCUCCAGCCAUAUGAGCUCUGGAACAGCAGCCAUUUAUUUCCAAAUGCAGAAGAAGCAACUCUCUUCUUGGGGACGUUGGACACUAUCUUUUUGUUUUCCUAUGCUGUGGGUCUCUUUGUCAGUGGUAUAGUUGGUGAUCGCCUGAACUUACGCUGGGUUUUGUCUUUUGGCAUGUGUUCUUCUGCUCUUGUGGUGUUCUUCUUCGGCACACUUACAGAAUGGUUGCAUUUCUACAACAAGUGGUUCUACUGCUGUCUCUGGGUUGUGAAUGGCUUACUGCAGUCCACUGGUUGGCCCUGCGUGGUUGCUGUCAUGGGCAAUUGGUUUGGAAAAGCUGGAAGAGGUUUUGUGUUUGGACUCUGGAGUGCCUGUGCAUCUGUGGGAAAUAUCCUUGGGGCAUUCCUUGCCUCCUGUGUUCUCAAAUACGGCUAUGAGUAUGCUUUCUUGGUGACAGCCUCAGUACAGUUUGCUGGAGGACUCAUUGUGUUCUUUGGGCUGCUGACAUCACCAAAGGAAGUGGGCCUCCCUGAGCUUGGAGCAGACGAAGAUGGCAGUGUGGAGGAAGAUGCCAACAGACCUUUAAUGAGCAAUGAUGAUGCUGAUGACGAUGAUCGGAAUUACUCUAUUCAAGCAACUGACACUGACAACCAGCCAAAGGCCAUUGGCUUUUUCCAGGCUUGCUGCCUUCCGGGUGUAGUACUGUACUCUUUGGCUUAUGCUUGCUUGAAGCUGGUGAAUUACUCGUUCUUCUUCUGGCUGCCCUUCUACCUCAGCAACAAUUUUGGAUGGAAAGAAGCAGAAGCUGACCAGCUCUCAAUCUGGUAUGAUGUGGGAGGAAUCAUAGGUGGGACUGUCCAGGGCUUGAUUUCUGAUGUGCUGCAGAAGAGAGCCCCAGUGCUAGCAAUCAGCCUGCUCUUUGCUGUCGGCUCUCUUUUUGGUUACAGCCGUUCUCCAAACAGCAAACCUAUCAAUGCUGUGAUCAUGGCAAUUACAGGAUUUUUCAUCGGAGGCCCUUCCAACAUGAUCAGUUCUGCAAUUUCUGCUGACCUGGGGCGCCAGGAUCUGGUGAAAGGCAGCAGCGAGGCUCUGGCAACAGUCACAGGAAUUGUGGAUGGAACAGGCAGUAUUGGUGCUGCAGUGGGCCAGUACUUAGUGUCUUUGAUCCAGGAGAACCUGGGAUGGAUGUGGGUUUUCUAUUUCUUUAUUCUAAUGACGAGUUCAACAAUCCUGUUCAUUUCACCAUUAAUAGUGAGGGAGAUGAGAUUGCUCCUGCAUGAACGGCACCUGCGAGUGCUAGCGGAGUGACAUCUGCUCGCCUCCAGAAGGACUGCUGUAUGGACCUGACAGCUGGAACACUAAUCAGAACCCUGGGAGACUUGUUUGUUACAUCCUCCAGGUUUGGACUAAUUCAGAACUGUCCUGCAAGACUUGAUGGUCCUGCCUUUGGCAAGCUCAGUAGUGGAGUACCAAAUACGCAUCCUGAGACCACACACAUGGAGCUGCAGCCCUGGUGGAUUGUCCAGGAUUGCCAAGACUGGUGGAUUGUCCCAGCCUGCCAGACUCUGCCAUGUCAGCAGUCACACCAGGGUCUUCUUUUGGGUGGUCUCACUGCUAUACCCUUAUUUAUUUCUGGACAUCCUGACCAAAGGUCAGCUCUUUAAGACUGACAGUGGAGAGGUGGUCUUGCAAUGAAUUUUGAUGCUCUGUUGUGCUGGUGAAAUCACACUGUGCAUUUCAUGGGUAGUCUAAAUUUAUGAUUGCUUUAGCUUUUAGAAAGGUCAAAAAUAAUGAUCUGCAAUCGGCACUGUCCAGUUGUAUAAAAUGUGCUGUUGCUAAAUCUGUGCACAGACAGACCUCUGCUAUCCCUAGCUACUAACUGUCACAUGUUCCAGUAGAUUGACAUGGAAAAGUUAACCUCCAUGUUGGUUUUUAGCAUUUUUUAACAAUAGUAAUGAUAUUACUAAUCUCUGGGAAAUGAGAUUUCAGCUUUUAACUAUUUAAGCAGACAAAUAGUGUGCAAUACUUUACUAUGAUCUCUGACAAAAAGCCUUAAUAGAUCCUUUGUGUCUAAAGGAUCCUUGAAUGGCUUUGGGGAUCAGUAAUGGGACACAAAUACUUUCACUACUGCUUUGUUAUUUGAACUCUGAUCAAUACUGACCAAAAUGAGACCCGCUGAAGGAAGCUGGUGUCACUGAUUUCAUACUUGUUGGGCAAUUGCUCAUCUGCAGCAAAGGAGAACCAGAAGGGAAUUAAAGGAAUUUAAGGGACCUGGCUGCUCUCAGACAAGGGCUUCCAGAUAGGGACUGAGAAUAGUAAUAGUGAGCAAUAGUGCUGCUGUCUUUCCCCCAUGCUCCUCUGCCUAGGGUUUUAAAGCUUGAAUUGUAUCUUGAAGAGAAAGGUUAGAUGCAAGUCAGCACUAAAACCAUCUGACUGCAGUCAGUAUGGUGGUAUCUGAGUAUUAUGCAGUACUGCAGUAAGCAGGGUGACCAUGGACACCUCUGACAUUUGCUGGUGAUGUUAAUGGGAGCAUUGAGCAACCUCUCAAGAGAUCCUUUUCUGCUUCUGCCUUGGGAUGUUUCAUUGGAAUAGGCACGUGUUACCCAGCAGAACAUCUGAUCAAACACUCAGUGUAACUAGUCAACAAUGCCUGGAUGGGGCAGGGGGCAGGAAAAUUCUUGGAGCUGAAACUUUUUAAAUGGGAAAAGAUGCCUUUUCAAAAUGUACAGUGAUUUUAUUUUAUUGUUUUUUAAAGUCAUGAAUGUCAAUCUUUAAUCACAUGUUGAUUGUAACAAGUGGAACAUUAUUAGUGCCUUAAGGUUUUAAUGUAUUGAACGGUUGCUUAGUGACUUCUGCUUCUGCAGUGAGGGCUCUGUGCACAGCUUUUCUUACUAUGAAACUCAGUUGCCCCAUUUUAUACUUUUAUUUUGAGAGUCUCGUUCUUGGUGGAGGUGAUUCCUGCAUUUUUUGCUAGCCUUCCAAAAAAAACAGUGCUUGGGAAAACAAUGCCAUUAAGCUGAUGAGGGACCUGAAUCCUGUUCUUGUCUCUUCUCAUUCCCAUUGCAAUUUUUGCCUGUAUAAUUAGAGCAGGAGACUGAGAAUCUAUCAUCCUGUUCUCAGAAUUAUGCCGUGGGGUUAGUGUUCACAUCCCAAGCUACUCAUUAGCCCCUGUACAAAUAGAAUCAGAACUCCCUGAAACUUAGUUCUAAAAUUGAUGGCGGCACCGUUUGCCCCAGCCCCAGUGUCUGAGAAUCCGCGGUUUCGAAUUCCAACCUGGAUGAGCUCUUUGCCUGCCGUCUGGGCACGAGAUAAGCUUCUGAUGAAAGGUGGUGUGGGAAAGAGAUGUUGCCAGGGUCUGGGGGAGGAGAGGUUGGCCCCUGUAACAAAUGGUUUCCUGUAAACAGUUCUGUCCCCUCUUGAGAAGUGUCAGAUGUGUUGUGAGUGUUGCAAGCACAGGCUGCCCAGCAGCUCGUGGUGGUGCUUUGAGGCCACCCUCAAUUACUGAGGCAUGCCUGUGACUGCAGGAUUUUGUUGUUAUUGUUGCUGCUUUUGUCCUGGGAUAUUGGUUCUGUGUAUUUCCUCAAGGUGCUUGGAUGUGAAGGGUUUUCAAUCUGACCAUGUCCGAACUGAUCUCACAUGAAUAAACUUACUCUGACUUGA